GUACUAUUUCUAUGAAUUUGGAAGAGACGUAAGAGCACGUAGCAUUAAUGGCAAGUGUUAGCUGGAAGAGAGCUGGAAUCACUGCUUUUCAGCACCGGGAAUCCUUCCCUGCGAAUGAUACCUCUUGCUGUAACACUCUCCUCGAAAUGGCUUUCCUUGAAGCCACGCCUCCCUCCUCACCACUUCCACUUUCUACUUCAUAUCUCGACACCAGCACCGUUAUCGCCCUCUGUGUUUUCUUCGCUCUUCUCUGCGCUUGCAUCGUUAUCGGCCACCUUCUCGAAGAGAAACGGUGGGCCAAUGAAUCCAUCACUGCACUCCUUCUGGGGUUGUGUUCUGGAGUGGUGGUCUUGCUGGUGACCAAGUUCAGUAAUACUGAAUUUUUCAAAUUCAGCGAAGACUUGUUCUUUCUGUACUUGCUCCCUCCAAUCAUUUUUAAUGCUGGUUUCCAAGUGAAGAAGAAGCAGUUCUUCAAGAAUUUUUCAACUAUUCUACUGUUUGGAGUCUGUGGAACUGUUAUUUCAUUCUGCUUCAUAUCAUUUGGUGCCUUUUUUCUGCUCAGGAGGAUAGGUCUAAGCUUGAAUCUGCAAGAUUACCUAGCCAUCGGGGCCAUAUUCUCAGCAACUGAUUCAGUUUGUACAUUGCAGGUUCUCAGUCAAGAUGAAACACCCUUCCUAUACAGCGUUGUAUUUGGGGAGGGAGUUGUAAAUGAUGCAACCUCUAUUGUACUUUAUAAUUCAGUCCAGUCCCUUGACUUCAGCAGCAUUAGUGCUACUACAGCCCUGACAUUGUUGGGGACAUUUCUCUACCUCUUCCUCACUAGCACUGCCCUCGGUAUAUCUGUUGGCCUUUUGAGUGCUUUUACUAUUAAAACACUUUAUUUUGGAAGGCAUUCUACAGAUCGUGAAGUUGCGCUCAUGAUGCUUAUGGCUUAUUUAUCAUACAUGAUUGCUGAGCUUUUGAGUCUGAGUGGGAUUUUGACAAUUUUCUUUUGUGGCAUUGUCAUGUCCCACUACACAUGGCACAACGUUACAGAAAGCUCAAGGAUUACUACCAAGCAUGCUUUUGCAACUAUCUCAUUCAUCGCAGAAACUUUUAUAUUUGUAUAUGUUGGCAUGGAUGCUUUGGAUCUUGAAAAAUGGAAAACCAGCAACGCAAGCGUAGGGACUUCAAUUGCUGUCAGCGCAACUUUCAUGGCGUUAGUGCUGAUUGGUAGGGCAGCUUUUGUGUUUCCUAUUGUAAACAUUAAAAACUGCAUCAAGACACAAGAGAGUUCCAAAAUAAAUUUUCGAUCGCAGUUUAUAAUAUGGUGGGCAGGCCUAUUGAGAGGCGCGGUGACUAUCGCCUUGUGUUAUUACCAGUUUGAGAAAGAGAGAGGGUCCACUCAAGCAUGUGCAGUGGUUAUCACCUCUACCAUAGUCGUUGUGUUAUUCAGUACCGCGGUGUUUGGUUCCAUAACAAAGUCCUUGAUUCAGGCGGUGCAGCUGAGGGAUUCAAAACAAGCGAUUUCUGAAUCCACUGAAAAUGCGGAGGAUUUGAGAUUCUUGUUCCUUGAAAAUGCUGGUCCUAGUAACCAGGGCGACAAUCAGUCAGAUCGGAGGAGAAGCAGCCUAAGUUUACUGAUAAGUCAUCCGACGUCGACGGUUCACUACUUUUGGAGGAAAUUUGACGAUAAAUAUAUGAGACCAAUAUUUGGUGGGAGGGGUUUUGUUCCAUUCGCUCCUGUUUCGCCUUCUGACUCUAAUGGAGCCGCGGAUGCUCCUCCAGAUCCAGACAAUUAAUGCAGCUACUCGUUCGUAUGGAUGUCACCAAUAUCCACUCCCAGUCCCACACCCCCAUUUUUUAAUAUAGAAAUAAAAUUUGUAUUUAGUUGUCUAAAAUAAUUGUUUAUUUUGUAUACUAUUCGAUCAUUUGUGCCUAUCACUUGUAAGACAUACAUGUACAUGUGAAAGCUGUUUUGUGACAAUUAAGUUGCAUGUAAUGUAUCUUUGUUUAAAAAAUUAAA